AAACGCCCCGUGUGCGUCUGCAUGCGUGUGAAAACACAAGAGAAACAAACUCAAGCGACUCCGAGUUGUAAUAAUAAGGCGGCGUUGUUUAUCCAAAGAGAAGGGGUUGGACAUAAUCUGAAUUCAGAGCCAAACUUUUCUUUACUUCCAUUUCCUCCUCUACAAACUUCCAGGAGUGUAAAGACGGAGCGCAGCGCCGAGCGACCAAGGUCAGGCUGAGCGGCGCAGCUGUCAGAGAGGAGUUUAUUCCGAGCUGUGGGAGAGUGGACGGUCUGAACGGACGGAAAGCUGGCGCAAAACUGAGCUGAACGGAGCGGCAACAUGUUUGACAAUCCGGGGACGUAUGCCAACAAGAAGAGGAAGAAGCCCGUCCUGAAACAGAAGAAGGUCACUGACAGCAAUGAAGUUGUUAAGUCCAACCCUUCGAAGCGCCACCGGGAUCGGCUGAACGGGGAGCUGGACAGGCUGAUGGAGCUGCUGCCCUUCCCUGAUGAGAUUCGCUCCCGUCUGGACAAACUGUCAGUCCUGCGCCUCAGUGUGGGAUACCUGAGGGUCAAGAGCUACUUUAAAGCCUCAAUGAAGAACAAUAACAACAGUCGGGUUUCUCCUGGAGUGAACGGCCAGAAUAUGGAAUCCCCUGGCUUUUCUGAAGGAGAGUUGCUGCUCCAGGCGCUGAACGGCUUUGUGUUUGUGGUCACAUCUGAGGGAAUGGUGUUCUAUGUCUCUCCUACCAUCAAGGAAUACCUGGGCUUCCAUCAGUCUGAUGUGGUCCACCAGAGUGUGUUUGAGCUCAUCCACACCGAUGACCGAGCCAUGUUCAGAGAGCAGCUCCAUUUUGCUUUAAAUCCUACCCCGGUUGCCUCGGAUGCAGAAUUCUCGCAGGGCUGUAGUAAAGCAGUCAUGUACAACCCAGAGCAGCUCCCCCCUGACAGCUCAUCUUUCCUGGAGCGAAGCUUUGUGUGCCGCUUCCGAUGUCUCUUGGACAACUCCUCCGGCUUCCUGGCACUGAAGUUCCAUGGGCGGCUAAAGUAUCUCCACGGUCAGAACCUUUCCAGGGACAUCGAGACUUCUAAAAAGGUUCAGCUGACUCUGUUUGCCAUCGCCAUCCCCGUUCAGCCUCCCUCCAUCGUGGAGAUCAGAGCCAAGAUGCUUCUUUUCCAAACAAAGCACAAGCUGGACUUCACACCCACAGGCGUGGACAGCAGGGGGAAGAUCAUUCUGGGUUACACUGAGGCUGAACUGUGUAUGAGAGGCUCCGGCUACCAGUUCAUCCAUGCUGGUGAUAUGAUGCACUGUGCUGACAACCACAUACGCAUGAUUAAAACAGGAGAGAGCGGGCUGACUGUAUUCAGACUUCUCAGCAAAUCCAAUGGCUGGCUGUGGGUCAACUCUAACGCCAAGCUCAUCUACAAAGGAGGAAGGCCUGACUUUAUCAUUGCCUUCCAGAAGGCUUUGACCAACGCAGAGGGGGAGGAGUAUCUGCGGCAGCGACAACUCCAGCUCCCCUUCACCUGCAACACAGGAGAGGCCAUCCUCUACAACACAGAGUCCAGCAUGGACAUCUCCCAACUUCAGUACAACAAGAUGUCCCAGGGUGAGGGAGCCAAGAAGGACGUGUUCCCCAAGUCUCUGCUGGACUGCUUCCUAAGACAAGAGGAGUCUUUCUACACCCAGAAAGUGGAUACCCCCCUCCCCAUAGACCAGAUGUUCAUGGACAGCCACGCCCUGGUCAGUUUUGCCAGCAAUGGGUGGCAAGAGAAUAACUCCCCACCGGCUGAGCCUGUGCUGGUGAAGGAAGAAGCCAAGCAGUCGGUGGCAGCCGUGAUCGACAGCCUGGAGAAACUGACACAAAGCAGAGAAUUUGAGGAAGUUUUGGGAAAUCUGGAGGUAGAUGAUGCUGAGAUGAUGGAGUUGGAAAACUGCUUUAAGAGAGUACACCAGGAGGAGGAUCCACAGAGGAGCGCUGAGUCCGAUCUGGACAACUUCAUUACUGAUGAGAUUGUAGACUUUAUUGACUCUGUAUUUAAGGAGAGGGGGGAGGAGUGCUUCAGCAGCCUCACUGCCAGCUGCCUUAAAGAGGUGAACAGCUUCUCAUCCCCUGAACUGUGUGAGCAACAGCUGUUUCCCACUCAGAGUCCCACAUGUUCCUACUCACCAGUAAACAGCCACUUCACACACCUUGGAGAAACCGUUGGCGGAGCCGCGAUUGUAGGGCAAGGCCCAGCCGAGUCUGCUCCAAUGGUGAGCGGGAAGCAGAAACUCUCCCAUCAGGGGACUCAUGCUGACAGCAGCCUGUCUGCUCUUCAGCAGCUGCAGCUUCAUGACAUUUUCAGCCCUACCAUUGAGCUUCCUCAGCUCACUAUGCCCAACAUCUCAGGCAACAACGCCUUCCCCACUAUGCAGGCCUGUCAUCAGGGUUCCUUAGGACCAGUGAGCUCCUCUCAGGGUGGUUCUGUUCAGACCCAGCAGAUGCUACAAGGCUCAGCUCAACAGUUGAGCAGCACAGCAUCUGGUGUAGAGAACGUUCUGCCAGCCAUGAUCCCCUUUGACAGCUUCCCCUCCUCUAACACCUCCGACCUUUCUGUUGGUUAUCCUCCAGAGCUCCUUCAGAAGAGCAUGAUGUUGGAAAACCACAACGCUUCUUUUCAGCAGUGGCCUCAAACCCAGCGGCAGAAUGAACAUAACAUGAUGCAUCUAUUCCAGAACCAACUGUUCCCAGGUGCCGGUGUCACCAAACUGAACAACAUUGAGCAGAGGGGCCUGGCAGGCAACCAGAGCAGCUGUAUGUUCCAGCAGCACUUCUCCUCCCGCCCAGCAGGGCGAGGUCCUCUUUCUCACUCUGGACCUCCGGACCUCAGCGGGGUCAAUGUGUCUCUGCAUCAGAGUCAUCACCAAGGUUCCGGCUACACCCAGUGGAGCAGCAGUGAGUCUCCAGUGGGCUCCUCAGCCACCAUCAGCCCUCUGACUGUGGCCCCCAGCAUGGCCCCUCCAGAGGAGUCCUGCAACGUGCAGCAAUACCUGGACUGCAGAAUAAAAGCGAAGCAGAGCAGCCAGUUCUCCGCUCUGGGGCGGGGAGGUUUCCUCGGUCCAGACGUCAACGAGUGGAGCCACGUCCUUCAGCCAAAGGAGGAUACCAACUCAGUAUAGUUUGCCUGUAUCAGUGCUUAUAUACACUUCUUCUCUUGUACUAAGACCUCUUUUAUAUCCCUUUGUACAAGUAAACACUUGUUGUUCUCUCUGCUUGCCAGCUGUUGCUUUAGUGACCAUAUACAGUAGUAAGAAUGAAGUAUGAAUUUCCAAAACGCGUUUACCAGGAUGCAGACGGAGCCGACCAAAGAUGUUUUUUUACAAGGGAACCCUGAGCUCCUCCCCACACAUCUGAACCUGAUGUUUUUUAAAGGAAUCACUUUUUUUCUUAAAGAAAAACUCA